AUGACUUCAGAGUCAAUCUGCCACAUCGUGUCUCCUGUCGGCAUGCUUGGCUACGGGUUCGACGAAGUCCUGACUGCACAUGAGCUAGCAAGACUUGUGCCCACAGGCAUCCCAACCGCCAUCAUCUUAGACUCGGGCUCGACCGACAGCGGCCCCGAAAAGCUGGCGCUUGGAACCACAACUUGUCCCAGGGCAGCAUACGCUAAGGAUCUGGCAAAGAUGAUGAAACUUAUUCAUACCUUUCGAGUCCCUUUAAUAUUCAGCUCGGCGGGUGGAGAUGGCACGGAUGAACAUGUGAAGCUCAUGGGUGAGAUUAUCGAAGAGAUUGCAGCCGAGGAGGAGAACAAGGACUAUUUUAUCAAAGCAAUAUCCAUAUUCUCCAACAUUAAGAAAGCGACCAUUCUGAAAAGGCUUCAUUCUGGCAGAGUCAGCGGCUGUGGGCCUUCUGUCCCUCCCUUGACGGAAGCUGAUGUGGAGGCUUCCCCUCAAGUCGUUGCUCAAGUAGGCCCCGAACCGUUUAUCGAUGCUAUGGACGCCCAUCCCGACUUUAAUAUCAUCAUUGGCGGUCGAGCAUAUGACCCUGCCCCCUAUGCAGCCUAUGCUACAUUCCAACUGAAGCGCCAGUAUGAGAACAUUAGCUCAUCAGAUAUUCAAGAACGGUACGGAGGGUUCUUACACAUGGGAAAGAUCAUGGAAUGCGGCGGGCAAUGCUCAACCCCCAAGUCUCCCGGAGCGGUUGCCACGGUCUACUUCAGUGGAGUAUUUGAUAUCAGGCCCAUGUCGCCGAGUUCUCGUUGUACGCCUUUCUCUGUGGCUGCUCAUGCGCUGUAUGAGAAUGCGAGACCCGACAUCCUACGCGGACCUGGUGGUGCCCUGCACCUAGAGAAUACCAACUACGAGCAGUUGAAAGAUGGGCGAACAGUCAGAGUUAGUGGAUCUCGGUAUCGGUCUUCUAAAUCUGAAGGGCUGCCCUAUCAAUUCAAACUCGAAGCUGCUCGUGUGAUAGGAUAUCGUUCCAUGUUCAUGGGGGGCGUCAAAGAUCACAUCUUGAUCAGCCAGAUGCACGACUUACUUCCACGAAUAAAAGCCUAUGUGAAAGAGCAGCAUCCAAAUUCCGGGGAAUGGGAGAUUGAUUUCCACCAGUAUGGAAAAGGUCAGAGCACGCCUGCAGGACCUGGAGAGAUGUUCAUCAUUUGUGAGGUUCUCGCCGAGUCUCAAAGCCUGGCAACAAGCCUAGCUGCCAAAGCUAGAGUUGCCAUGAUUCAUGGGCCCUAUCCGGGGAUGAAAGCAACGGCAGGGAACUUCGGAUUCGGCAUCGGUGGCAAGAUGGAGAUUGAAUUAGGGCCUUGCGCCAAAUUCUCUGUGUACCAUCUUAUGGAUCUUGAGCCUGGUGAGGAACGACUCAAACUCGGACAAAAAAGUCCUGGAACCGAGAAAAACGGACAGUUGCUCCAUGCCAGUGUUUCCAUCAUCGGAAGAGGACAGCCUCGUGCUUAUUCUAAAGAAUUUGGAGCUAGAAUUGCCCGCCUCCAGGAUACACUCCAAAAGCCCAUCGCUCGAGGGGCCACAUAUGUUGAUGAGAGUGUAGUCAAAGUUGGCUCUGUCUCUUCACCAAAGACACUUUCAGAUCUCGCACAAGUUCUCCGGUCUAAGAACGCCGGCCCAUUCGACAUCACCAUCGACGUCAUCUUCACCUCGGAAGCGGCCUACUCCUCUAUGAUCAAGUCGAAUCUCCUCUCCCCCGAAAACGUGGCUCGAGCACUCGGAAUUUCGGAGGAUGAUAUUGUGUGGAUGGGAUUCUUUGAACCUGCUCUUGCGUUCAAGGUCACGAUUCCAAGAUUCCGCGCUGGCAAGAGAACAUCAGCAGGCGGCUUCAUGGAGAAUGAUGUCCAUGGAUCGCAGCAGCAUGUUGGCCUCGCAACUCUCAAGUUGCCGGUGCCGGUGGUUCAUUCACCGGCCAUCCUCACUCUGAGCUAG